AAAAUUCAAUUACUAAAUGAUAUAGAGACCAAACCCGAAGAUUAUCUAAAUCAACUACCUACCGGUGAUACCCCAGUUAGCGUUAACCAACAAUGUCAGUAUGAACUUACGCAGUUCAAACGUAAUGCUUUAUCAAAAAAUGAGAAUCCUAAGCCAUGCGAAGUACGACCAGAGAUAGAUAGAAAAGACAAAUGUAGUUUAAAACCAACGGAAAUUAUUGGGCCAAUCGAUAAGCCAAACAGAAGAAAAGAUACCAAAGAUGAAGUAAUAAGUUUCAGAAGUAAAAUAUAUGAUUCGAUUUCGACUAAAACAAUCAGCUUACUGGACAAAGUUACAACUAAUUUUAGUGUUUUUACUAAGGAAGAGGGAGCACCAUUCGAAGAAGAAGGACAACUACUACCAUUUGACAUAUUAUUAAAUUUCAUUAAUUUAUAACAUUCGAGCUUUUUAAAGACUAAUCAAGAAAUACUUAGUUCACAAGAUUUCAAAUCAAACCACACCUAAAUCUUAAAUUAAUUAUCUAGCAACGCUACAAAAACUCGAACAAACCCGCACUUGUUAACUUGACACACAUGAAAAAUAUAUUUGUGCCGACAUAAAAACUAAACAAAACUCAACUUCUUGGUAUCUAAACAGUAGACAGGUUUAGUUUUUACAUAAAUAUGAUAAAUGCCGAUAUGUGAAAAGAGAAAUGUAACUUAUUUCUUGAGAUUGAGAGAUGAGAAACCGAGACGUGAUAACAAGCCAUUAUUAAAUCUCUUACUAGGAACAGUAGAUGAAAAACCAGCUGAGCCUCUCAGUACUCAGGAGCUCAAUGAAAAACUAAACGAAAUAUCAUUACAAUCUAAAGCAGCCAUUGAAGAUUUGAGAAAUCAAUCAAUUAAGAUCGUUGAUAAUGCUAGAGCUGAAACAGAUAUGGUAAUUGAAAAUGCUAGAUACAGCUUUAAUAUGUUCUCGCAUUCCUUGGAAGAGAUGGAAAACCGACCACCAGAACUCAGUAAAGAAGAACCACCAACUGAGGAGACAUUUGAAGAAGUUGUAGAGAAGUAUUUUGGAAGUAGAAAUGUAAUAGAUUUUCUGAGCUGAACUACUAACGCUAAUAGACGAUAUCCCUGUUUAAAUUGAAAUGUGUAAAUGAAAUCAUAAAUUUUGUAACUUCACACCUAGAUAAAAUACAUUUGCAAAUAUUUUCA